GUUAUUACGCUGCGUCACAGGAAACAAACUGCUCAAUUUCUGCGAUCAAAACUCAAUAAUCCGUAUUUAAAUCAAUAAUCAGGAUUUAGGUGAUUGAUAUCCGUCUAUAGUUCGGUCUGACCGGACAACACGAUGAGUUCUACCGGCGGGAAAACAGCUGCGCCAUCACCGUGUUUCUAACUAACCGCGAAACUGGACUCUAUUGUCUAUUAACUGCUUUCUACUGUCGGCCGAGUUGACCUCUGACCUCCACCAUGAGCUCCAGGGUGUGCAGGAGCUGCGGGGGCUCAGACAUCGACGUAGAUCAGGCGCGGGGCAGCGCUGUGUGUACCAGCUGUGGGUCGGUCCUGGAGGACAACAUCAUCGUUUCCGAGGUUCAGUUUGUGGAGGGAAGUGGAGGAGUUUCAUCUGCUGUGGGACAGUUCGUCUCUGCCGACGGUCCAGUGAAGGCUCCCCUUCUUGGUUCGGGUUUUCACACCAGUGUUGGGAAAGAGUCCAGAGCCCAGACACUGCAGGGCGGGAAGCGUCAGAUCCAGCAGCUGGGCAGUCAGCUGCAGCUAAACCAGCACUGUCUGGACACGGCCUUCAACUUCUUCAAGAUGGUCGUCAGCAAACACCUGACACGAGGACGUAAGACGGAGCACGUCAUUGCUGCCUGCCUCUACCUGGUGUGUCGCACCGAGGGGACACCACACAUGUUGCUGGACCUGAGUGACCUGCUGCAGGUAGGACAGACCCACACAUACUGUACAUAUUUAGUUAUAUAUAUAUAUAUAUAUAUAUAUGUGUGUAUAUAUAUAUAUAUAUAUGUAUAUAUAUAUAUAUACCCAUGGUCAAAAGUUUUGAGGAUGACAAGUGUUGGUUUUCACAAAGUUUGCUGCUUCAGUGUUUUUAGAUCUUUCUGUCAGACGUUACUUUGAUAUACUGAAGUAUAAUUAAAAGCAUUUCAAGUGUCAAAGGCUUUGUUGACAAUUACAUUAAGUUUAUGCAAAGAGUCAGCUGUUGUUGGAUGGUUGGGACAAGUUGCUCUCUGGAUGUUUUGGUUCCAUUCUUUAUUCGUGGCUGUGUUCCUGAGUGAGCCCACUCCCACAUAUGGUCUCAGGAUGCUUUACUGUUGGCGGGACACAGGACUGAUGGCAGCGCUCAACUUUUCUUCUCCGGAACAAGCUUUUUUCCGGAUGACCUAAAUAAUGGGAAAGUGAAUUCAUCAGAUAAAAUUACUUUCCCCGGUCGGCAGCGGUCCAA